AUGAUUCCUUCUCAUUGUCUCAUCUUCUCUCUCAUUUUUGUUUCUAUUUUAGCCAAUGAGGCAACCUUGCUCCAUGAAGCAAAUGGGUCAUUUCCAAUGGUACCUGUGAUGGAAGAUGGGAAGAUGGAGAAGAUGAUGAUUAUGAUGAAUGAUAGCAGAAGGAAACUUGGAAGUUUCAGGAUAUGUGCUCUUUGUACAUGCUGUGGUGGAGCUAAAGGUGUUUGCAUACCUUCUCCUUGUUGCUAUGCCAUCAAUUGCAACAUUCCUAAUAAGCCUUUUGGUUUCUGUUCUUUUGCUCCUAAGUACUGUAAUUGCUUUGGAUGCCAUCUUUAA